AUGCUGGAUGUGCACACAGUCAUCGAUUACCUGUGGAACGAGAUUGGCUUGUAUGUCGAGCCCUCGGCUGUGCAGGAGUUUUGGGAACACAGCCGCCGUCAUAAUCAGCCGUGGGCACUGGAGCACCCUGCGUCUGACUCUCAUGUUCCACUAGGGUUAUAUGGGGACUCUGCCAAGAUCACUACAGCUUUUAAUUCGGACAAGGUCGUUGGCUUGUUUUUCAACUUGCCCCUUUGGCGUCCGAGAUCUAUCAGGGCUUCACGCUUCCUCAUCUUUGCCAUUGAGGAGUCGAAGCUUUGGGGUCCACACACACUGAAUGUGGCCUUUCAACAUAUAACCUGGAGUGUGAACUGUUUGUUUGAUGGCCGACGCCCGGCUACUGAUCCCCUGGGCCGAACUAUGCCGAGUUCAGACAAGUAUUCGGGAUGGGUUUGCAAAGACCAAACCAAGUUCGCGGUCACGGAACUACGUGGAGACCAGCUGUGGCAAAAGCAGUGUUUUCGGUUCACUGCUUCGUGGGUAUGGACUUCAGCUCGGGUUUGUCAUGCCUGUGAUGCACGCGCGCACGGCCCUGGCUCGCACGAUCGCUUGUACUAUGACUUCGAUGGGUGGGUGCCGCAUGAGUUUAGUCAGGAACAGUUUUUGGCCCAGCGCAUGCCAACGCGGUUUCUUUGCCCGUACAUGAGCAUCAAGGGCUUCCACCCGGGACUCCUCAAGUUUUGCACAAUGCAUUUUCUGAAUUUAGGGCUCCUUUACGUCGCUAACGGAGCCUCGCUGAUUAUGCUGUGUGAAGAGGGUGUAUUCGGUGACAACUCCUUGCCCAUCAAAGCUCGCCUUGAUGCAGCCUACCGCGAUUUCCGCAGAUGGUGCCGGCAACAGAAAAUCAGCUGUUCCCAGCCGCCCUUCACUCCUGGUCUUGUGCUGAAGAAAAACGGGGACGUGCUUCUGACUGCAAAAGCCUACAACAAUCGAGUGAUUAUGGAGUGGUUGGCCUGCAGACUUCGGAUGCACAUGGCUGAGCAGAUGUGGAGGGACGAACGGGUGCCGGUGGCAGCACGCGCAAUGACACUGGAUUGCACAAAUAAUUUGCCAAUGGCAGUAACAACGUUACUACUUAGUACAGUCUGCAGCUGCUAUUCUGUCAUUGCACGCACACAACUGUCUUCACCCAAAGGUCCUAAUAAUUAUUAUUCAUUCCUUGAACUGCCCCAUCAAUGA